AUGAAGCCUUUGCUUGGGACUAUUGAUAAAAAGCCCAUAUCAUAUGGCUUCUAUCAGCUCGAGAUAUAUGCGGCAGGACUACUUAGUGGUACUAAACCACUGGUCACGACGGAUCCUAACAAGCUCGAAGCACAAGCUAGACAGAAUCUUGAGCCCAAAUACUUCAACUAUUUGGCUGGCGGGGCUGGAGAGGGGUCCACGGUAGAGGCCAACCGACUUGCGUUCAAACAAUGGAAAAUGAUACCUCGGAUGCUAAGAGACGUGACUACGGAGAAGGAUCUAUCCAUAAAUUUGUUUGGAGAUAGUUAUCCACACCCGAUCAUGAUGGCACCUAUAGGCGUCCAAGGUAUUUUUCAUCCCGACAAAGAAACUGGGGUCGCAGAAGUCUGUGAAGAACUGGGAGUACCCUUUAUUCUAAGUACUGCUGCUACAUCUACGAUUGAAGAGGUCGCAGAGGCAAAUAGGAAAGGAAACAGAUUCUUCCAGCUCUAUUGGCCAAACUCAAAUGACCUCACUCAAUCUCUGCUCAAGCGCGCCCAGGAGAAUGGGUACAAAGUGCUUGUGGUGACCCUUGAUACUAUAACACUUGCUUGGCGACCUGCAGAUCUUGACGCUGCCUACAUUCCAUUUAUUUCUGGCACCGGGAAUCAAAUUGGAUUUUCCGAUCCCGUUUUUCGGGCCAGAUUCCUCGAGAAGUCCGGAUUGACACCGGAGGAUAAGGUUUUUGAAGCAUCUUUAGAGUGGCUGUCGAGCAUUUAUGGACGAAGUCAUACUUGGGAAGAGAUUGCACUUCUACGAGAAGUGUGGAAAGGCCCUAUUGUACUGAAAGGUAUACAGAGUGUUGAGGACGCGCAAUUUGCUGUGCAGGCUGGUUGCGAUGGUAUAAUUGUGAGCAAUCAUGGAGGUCGACAACUAGAUGGGGCAAUAGGAUCUCUGGAGGUGCUUCCUGAAAUUGUUGACGCCGUUGGAUCUAAGCUGGAAGUCUUAUUUGAUUCUGGUGUCAAAACAGGCGUCGAUAUUAUCAAGGCAUUGUGUCUAGGUGCCAAGGCGGUUCUGGUCGGGCGACCAGUGAUGUACGGACUAGCCAUCGGAGGGAAAAUGGGAGCAAAGAAUGUCCUGCAAGGAUUACUGGCAGAUUUGGACCAGUCCAUGAGUCUCGCUGGGAUCAAAAACAUUCAAGCUUGUUGUCGACUUCAUGAUUCUUCUACUCGCUAG